CCUGUAUUAUAUAUAUAUAUACACAAAUAAUACAUGUAUAUAAAUAAUGUAUCAUAUUAUACAUCAGAACAAGAUCAAUAUGUAUAGUUUAAAGAAGCUCUCUGUCUCCCACAUUGGUGCUCCAGCCUUUUUUUUUUAUUGCCUCUUCCACCUUCACAGCCUGUCAAGCUUGAAUUAUUAGCAUCACUAUUAUAUACGUCUUGGGAGAGAGAGUGUGUUUGCCUUGUUAUUUCUUCAAGUAAAGUAAGAGAUUAGUUUGUUGCAGCUGCUCUGUUCUCAAAGCUGUUCAAACUAACAAAUCAUGAGAUAUUGAAGGUUUUGAAGAGAUUGGAGACUUGGUUGCCUUAUUGUUUGUUGAUUUGAGGGAACAAAAGGAAAACGAGGAUUUAUGGGUGGAAGAAGUACUGGCAUGACGGAGCAAGAUGUUCAAUGAGCCGCACCGAAUGAAGUCGCGAUUCAGUCACUUUUUAUUGCAGACACGUUUUCACGUGACGAAUCCAAUCUCAUUCCCUACUAUGGCCUGCAUAUGGUACCACAAAAGGGGAACCAAUUUCUUUUGUAAACUCAAGUACGUGCAACUUUAUUGGAUGGGAACGAAACUGGAAUACGCGAUUAAUCUGUUAGAUACAUCGACGAGUAGCAAUAGUUUUACAGUGCAUUUUGUGGAUGAUCACUUGGACUAUUUCAGUUCUAAGAGACUGAAAGACAAUCAGAGAACUUCAGUGGUCAAGUUUUCGGAUUCCAUAAACCGGAUGGCUGAGAACCAUAAUUUAGAUACCAUCAGAAAGACAAUGCAGAUGCAUGAAGAUAUCUUCAAACAACAGGUAAUGGAACUUCAUCGGCUGUACAGCGUUCAGAAGACACUGAUGAAUGAGCUGAAAGCAGAAACUAGACGAAACAAAGGUUCUAGUCCAACGAGCGGCUCAGACGUUAAUGGCAUCCGAUUUGUUGACCAACACAAUUCAGUAACAAAACCCAGUUUGCGCAUUCAAGGCUUGACAGACAAUCCAACAUCAAGAGAACGCAGUGGCAGUUGCUCUGGAGACACGUUAAGAGUUCCGAGAGGUUUUGAUCUCGAAAGACCUGCUGAAGAAGACAUCUCCACCGGAGUCAUCGUCCCAGGAAGUAACAAAAUGAGCAUUAGUAGCUGUGGUAGUGAGGUGGAGUUGACAUUAAGCAUUGGGGGUACUAGUAGUAGUAGUAGCAGCAAGAAGUCCAAAGGUUUUCUGGCUCAUCAGAGUCUACAAUUAGGAUGCUUUGAAUCAACAACACCUAAAGAAAUACGAGAACUUGAUUCGUCUGUGUCGUUCAAGUCUGAUAGAGGAGAAGAUUGCAGCACCCCAACAACUCCAAUGAGCAGCUCGAGCGCAACGAUUGAUCAGGAAAAGAAGCAGCCGCAUUGGCUUUUUCGAGGCUUAAGCAUUAAUAGAACAUGAGAGCUCUGACUUCAUUUGUAUGUGUUGUAUGUACCUUCUAAACUACUCCAAAUGAAUCGCUUAAUUCACACGAUUCAUGGACCAAAAAUUCCUCAUUUAGUUG